GUCGCUCCUCGUCCUCGAGCAGCCUGAAAGCAAACGAGGGAUUGGAAGAUGGCAUCCACCGACCAACCUGAUCCUCCAACACAGCCCGGCCUUCCGCCUGGAGAUGUUGCGGCAGCAGCCCCCAGAGAAGCACUGAUAACCACUGCUGUAAAAUUUCUCCAAAACCCAAAAGUACGUCAGAGUCCCUUGGCCACCAGAAAAGCCUUCUUGAAGAAAAAAGGGCUGACAGAUGAGGAAGUAGAGUUGGCGAUCCAGCGCUCUGGCAGCACAGAAGAAAUCCUGCCUCUGAGCCAUGUGGGGCCCCCACAUCCACUCCAUGCAACCCAGCUGGUUCCUGCACCACACAGUCCAGCAGGCUACAGAUGGAGAGACUAUGGUGCCCUCACCAUCAUUAUGGUGGGAAUCGCCUUUGGCUUUCAUCAGCUUUACAAAAAAUACAUCCUUCCCCUCAUUAUGGGCAGCCGAGAGGACAAGAAGCAUCUGCAGAGGAUGGAGAGCAACAUUGCGGCAAUGAGUGGCACGCUGACACAGACAGUCAGCCAGCUGCAGCAGACCCUGGUCUCCGUCCAGGAGCUCCUGAUCCAGCAGCAGCAGAAAAUCCAGGAGCUCUCUCAGGAACUGGCUGCAGCAGAGACAUCGUCUUCAACCAACCGCGUCCUGGACAACCAAACAGUUGGAGAGCUGAAGGCUGAGAUCGUCUCUUUGAAGGGCUUACUGCUCAGCAGGAGACAAUUCCCCUCCACUCCCAGUAUUCCUAAAAUCCCCUCAUGGCAGAUUCCACUGAAGCCACCAUCGGCACCCGGCUCACCGCCAGUCGACCACACCAACAGCAGCAGCGACAUCUCCCCCGUCAGUAACGAGUCCACCACCUCCUCCCCCAUCAAAGAUGGCCACCACAGCCCCCAGGACGCACUGGGUGGGCCUGAUGGAGCGCAUGCUAUAAACGGAGACGACAGCGACGUGGGCCUUGGUGCAACACUAACCCUUGACCUGAAGGACCAGGUCCGUAUGGAGGUGCAGGGGGAGGAGGAGAAGAAGGAGGAGGAUGUCAGCCAUGUAGAAGAGGAGGAGGAGGAGGAGGGGGAGGAGGACGGUGUAAGCAUGCAGACAGUGGAUCGGCGAGGCGGGGAUGGACAGAUUAAUGAACAGGUGGACAAACUGAGGCGGCCCGAGGGUGCCAGCAAUGAGAGCGAGGUGGAUUAGAUCGCAGUAGAAAGCACAAAAACACUCUCCGCUUCUCAUCUCUGCUGACAGCUUUGUUUCAUUCUUAUCCUCUUUGCUCACACUUUUUUUUUUGCUUUUUUGUUUUAAUUCCUCUUCACUGUCUGUUUCCACUUGUUUCUGUAACAUCUUAAUCUUGAGUAAAAUGAGGAGUAGGCGUGAGAAGAUGCAAAACCGACAAAUAUUGGAGUGUCUAGUUGACACACGGCUUACCUCGAUUUACUUUUCAUCAUGCAAACUAAAUGACUGCAUGCUGAGACAAGCACCACGCUGUGACGUUUCUUUGAAAGGAGAAAUGACGAGCAAUAGUCAAAUCACAAUGACUUUACAGGGCUGUGUGCAGUACUAACUGUGUGUGACUGACUGCUUUUAAUUUUCAUGAUUUGAUCAGAUAAUUCACAGCUUUGCGUUUGUGUCCUUGUAAUUGUGCUUCGGCUCUCAUACAGACCAAAGAGGCAGUGCUGCACAGAAUAUCUCUGUAUAGUGCAGCUUUAGGUCAGGAGUCAUAUGUUGGCACUUCAGUCUCAAAGUUACCGUGAGCUUCCAGAGAAGCAUUAGCAGAGUUUGUCUCCCUGUUGAUGGCAAUAGAAGAGGACAAGCUCUUCCAGGGCCGGAGCUUUUAGCCUCUUUUAUGUGUCCUUUCGCAUUGGUGUCAGUCUGUCAAUAAUUCACAAGGCCAGCAGGGUGGCAUUUGGGUGAAAUAAAAGCCCUGAAAUUCGAGAUUAGAAUGUGAUGACGGGCUUUGUUCCAUGCCGGUGUCAGAGUGCUCAUAUGCUCAAAGGAGGGGAAGAUAAAUGUUUUUUUCCCCCGCUUUCCUUUUUCACUGAGGGCUGAAUUGUGUAUCUUCUGCGUGUGCGUUUGUGCGUGGCAGGCGAGAAAACCCAGACUGUCUGCUGAGCUGUAUCUGUGUCUCCAGCAGGGCAGCUGAUUUGGUUUGUGAAGUAUGUUAAUAAUCAAAUGAUCAACAAAUAACAGAUGUAUUAGUUCAUGCAGCUUGAAAUGUCAAGGAGGCUAAAAGCGGAAAUCUAAUACAGAAAGCCCAGUUGCAUUGUAUUAUUUUCCGUGACAAACCCUGCGGUCCAAAUUAUGUAGGGCCUCCUACAGUGAGUAAUCUUUACAGAAAACGGCGCCAAUAUUUUGUAAUUAAGCAGCAGUAAGACAACAGCGCUGCCACAGAUGGAAGUUGCAGAACUUGUAUCACUUUUGUUUUUUCCUCGGUGUGGAGGUGGAUGGGGGAAGUUAGAAAAAAAUUGCCCCAUGAUUGAAAAGGAAAGUAAUAAAUGAAUACUUGACUUAUUGAAUUACUCACUCUGUCUCCAGCUAACAAGAAGAGUCCAUGAGUGAGAAGAAGGGAUAUCAGCUCUGGUGCCAUUUCCACCUCCAUCACAUGGCCUUCAUAGGAACACAGAAAAAGGUAGAGGGGCACUGCACAUUUCUGUGUGACACCCGUCCUUACCGACAGAUUAUGUUUGGUUAUGUUCAUUGAGACAACAACAAUGCAGUAGUCUGUAAACUAUAUUUUCUGAUUUAGUAGAGAUGAACUUGUAUGGAUGAAUCAGGCUGGUUAAAAGAAGUAUGUAAUCAAGGGAUGUAACUUGUGCUUCUUAUCCACUGUAGAACCAGUGAUUGGUCCUCUCUGUAACCUGCUGAUUACUGUCUGAAUGUCAGCCACAAGUGUACAUAAGUGUAAUAAAUCUGCUUUAUCCCAAGUAGAAUCUCUCUUAUAUUCAUUUGAAACCAACUGGAUGCUAAAUACAUGCUACUGUAUGUAACUAUUAAAGGCUAAACCUAGUAUUACUGGGACUCUCAUGUUUAUAUUGUUUCCUGCAGUUACAUAAGUAUAGUUUUUGAAACAUGAAGCAAAAUACUUGACUUGCAGUAGGGUGCCUAUUUUAAAUCCUAAUUGAAUAAAAUUUUUGUAUGUCCAUCUAUCCAAUGAGCAUUAAAGGAAAGGAAAUGCACAAUAACAAACAAAUACUCAGAUC